AUGACUUUAACUCUUGGAGGAAUACUCAAAGAAAUAAAUAAACGUUUUUCUAUUCCAUAUACACCUAUGCUUUUUAUGAUUGGAAUAUUAGCAGGUAUUUACCGUUCUAGUUUAGGUCUUAUAGGGUAAUCUGUAGAAACAAUAAGUUCAAUUGAUCCUCAUAGUAUAUUAAUUAUAUUUUUGCCUGUAUUAAUUUUUGAAAGUGGAUUUAAUGCAGAUUGGAAUAUAUUUAGAAGACAAUUUGGUUAGAUAUUUAUUCUUGCUGUUCCCUGUGUAAUGUUAGGAUCUUCAUUAUUGAUGCUUUGUAUUAAAAUAAUUUUAAAAUAUUAAGAUGAAUAUUACACAUGGCCUAGUGCUUUUAUGUUUGGCUCAAUUUUAUCUUGUACAGAUACAGUUGCAGUAUUAGCUUUAUUAAAAGAAAUAGGUACACCUAAAAAAUUCAAUUCUUUAAUAGAAGGAGAAUCUAUUUUAAAUAAUGGUACAUGCAUAGUUUUAUUUAAAAUAUCUUCCAUGAUAAUAAAAGGAUAAAUAUAAAGCUUUCAUUAAAUAACACUCAUAUUUACUACUUUAACUAUAGGAGGUAUAAUAAUAGGAAUAAUUUUCGGUUUUAUAAGUUCUUUUUGGAUAAAGCGUAUAUUCAAUGAUGAAAUACUUGUCAUAAAUAUAACACUAAUAAGCUGCUAUCUUGUUUUUAUUGUGGCUGAAAAUAUUGAUUUCGGAAUUAAAGUAAGUGGAAUAAUAGCAAUUAUAAGUUUAGGUCUUUUUAUGGCUGCUUCCGGUAAAAAAAGAAUUGCAAAUGAAAUAGAUUGGGCUUUAUAAUGUUUUUGGAAAUACGUUAUUUUUUGUGCUGAAACAGUCAUUUUUUUUCUAUCUGGAGUUAUUGUUUCUAUAGAGAUUUCUAAAUCUACAAAUAUUAUUUAGGUUGAUGACUAUUAUAAACUUGGAGGUUUGUAUUUAUGUAUGGUUUUGUCUAGAUUCAUAUCUAUUUCUACUUUUAUUUAUUUUUUAAAAUAUUGGGGUUAUGGAUUAACUUGGAAAGAGGUUUAUGCUCUCACUUGUGGAGGACUUAGAGGAGCUGUCGGAAUUUGUUUUGCCUUGAUAGUUUAUAGAGAUGAGAGUUUUUCAGUUUAAUUAAGAUAACUUGUACUUUUUGAUAUGGCUGGAAACGCUGUUUUAACUUUAUUAAUAAAUGGAACAAUAACAGUACCUAUUGUGAAAUUUUUGGGACUAUGUACAUCUUCAAUGAUUAGGGAUAAAUUAUAUUAGAAUUUUUUGGAAAAUAAAAUGAAAUAAGAUUUAUAUGAAUAAUGGGAACUUUUAAAAGAUUGUAAAUUUUUGAAAGAUGCAGAUUGGGAUUAAGUGAAAAAAUACUGCGGAGAAGAUUAAAUUAAUUUUUAAAUUGAAAAUUUGAAAAAAAAAAUUGAAAAAAAAUAGCUAUAAGAAAAAGAAUUUAAAAAUUUAAAUAAAAACAAAAAUAUACUUAAAUAAGUACUUUUAGAGGAUUAAGAAAAAUAAGAUGAACUAGAUUAAAUAGAUGAAGAUGAAUUAGAUUAAUAAUUAAUUAUUGAAGUAAGGAAUGUUUUUUUGAGAAAAAUUAAAAUAAUAAAAAAAAAGGCUUCUUUUUGGAAUUUAUUUGAAAAAAAUUAAUGUACAGGAUAAAGUUUACUUAGUCUUAUAGAAACAGUAGAUUGGGAUUUAGACAAUGAAGUUUCUUAAAUGCAUACUUGGGAUUGGCUUAAAAGAUAAAUUGAUGAAAAUUAUAUAAAUUUUAUAUUUCAAUUAAGAAAUUGGCCUAUAAUAGGAAGAUUUGCAAAAAAAAAAUUAUAUAAUUAUAUAGCUUAAAUUUAUGAUAUGAUUUCUUCUUAUAUUGAAGCACAUGAAAUAGUAGAAGAAAGUAUAUGUGAUAUUUAAUUCGAUGAAAGGUAUGUAGCUGAAAUCUUAAUAGAAUCACAAGAAAAUAGAAAAUAAGCAGAAAGUUAUCUAUAUAAUUAUUUAGAUGUAAGUUUUCCUGAAAUAAGUAAAUCAAUUAGGACUAAAAAAGCUGCCUAUACUAUUCUUGAAUUUUAAAAAGAUUAUAUUUAAAAAAAUGCUGAUUCAGGAUAAUUAGAUGAAAAAGAACAUUUAGAAUUGAAAAAAAAAGUUGAUUAAAAUAUUAUCAGAUUAAAUAAUUUUACACCGUCAUGGGUAUUACUUCUUAAUAUUAUAUUUAUCAUUUAUAUCUUUCUUUUUAUAUAAUAAAUUAUAAAAUAUAGUUUUUUAAAAAGGCAAUUUCGUUUUCAAAGUAAAAAAAAUAAAAAAUUAAAUAAAAUAAAAUAAAAUAAGUAAGGAGAAAGAUCAAAUAAUAUAUUUAUUAUAACCAGAGGAGGAGGCACUGAAUUUUCAGAAGGAGAAUCAGGUAAUUUAAGGAUAAAAAGAGGAGUUGGACAUAUACUUCCUAUUUAAUAAUUAGCUACUGUAAAUAAUAGAUAUUUAACAAGUUUUUAAGCUGAUUGUAUAUUAUAAACCAGUUGUAUUAGUUUAUAGUCAAUAAUUAAUUUAGUUAGGAAGCAUCCAGAUUUAGAAAAUUUUAUAAUAAAAGAAAGUAUACCUGCAUUAUGCAAAAUUUUCUUUGAAUAAUUUAAGCCCCUUUCUUAUUUUGAAAAGUCUGUGAUUGAAUAAAUUGUUAAUGAGUCAACAAUAUCUAGAUAUAAAUAAGAUUCUCGAAUAAAUUUACCUAAUGGAGCGAUUUUAUAUAAAGGUGAAUUAGAACUUUUAAGUAAAGAUUAAUUAGAUGAAGAAUAAAUUUAAGAUCAAAAUUCUAUAUUUUAAGAUCAAUCUUAAAUUUAAAUUGGAGAAAGAAAUCUUGCUAAUGAGUAAGAUAUAAAUAAUUUACCUUAAAAAUACGAAUAUGAAGCUUUUUCAGUAGUUAUGCCUAAUAAAUAUUAACAUUAAUUUGUAGCAAAUAAAAACUGUCUUUUAUUAGAAUUUAAUUAAUAUGAUUAAAUUAAGGAAUAUAUGCUAAUGCAAAAAUAAGGAGAUAAAAGAAAAACAAGCAUUAGGAAAAUGAUGGAUAUAAUUUCUUAAACUAAAAAAAAUACAUUUAAAUAAUGAAAACUUAUUUUUAAAAAAAUAUAUGAGUAUUUUUUAUUU